AUGUAUCAAGAUAUCAUUGCCAGUCAAAAAGAAAUGCAACAACAACAAAACACUGAUCAAAAUCAAACAUCUAUGCCUUCGGGCCGAAGAAGAUCCUCUUUGUGGGAAAAGUUAACAGCUGGUGCUCUUCAUGCUUCUCAAUCCGAUACGGAGGGUAUUAGGCAUUCUGACGCUGCUGGAUUUGCACCUGCAGGAGCCAAGUUUGAUGAGACUUUUGGAGGAUCUGCACUCUAUGAGACCGGAAUGGACGUACCCCAUCAUAGCGACAAGUGGAAGCGUGACAGAACCAAGAUGGCAGAAGAUGCCUUGAGACAAAUGUCAUGA